CGCCACUCAUUAAAAUCUGGAUCCCACUAACCUACUCCAACCACUUCCUACACUCAACUCUCAACUGUGUCUCUGUGGAAGUGUUUGUGAGUUGGAAUAUUGGAUAUCCACAGAUCCUCAAACCCCCAUUUUCCCCUUUAAAUCUAGACCCAUUAUGCUCAAGAGAACUUAAGGAAAACGCAAACAACAAAGCCUCACUCUUUCCCAAGGUACGUUCUUGAGAUGGGUCUCUUUUUAUCGAGCUACAAUUUUGAUUUCUUGUACUUACACAACAUUUUAGAUCUACUCAAGUUAUCCCAUAUGAGCAUUUUAUGUUUAAAGUUUUGAUUUUUAUUUUCUUAAAGUUAUCAAUAAGUUUAGUUCAUUUGUUUCAUAGUAGAUGACAUCCUUGGGAGUAAGUUUCACGCAAUACUUUUUGUUUGUUUUUGUUUUGAAGAUUAGUAAUAUGAUGGUGUUUUAUUUCACUUGUGGGCAUUGUAGAGAAAAUUAAUGGAUUUAGUUGUGACCUUGUGGGAGAUAAUUUAGUGUAGUGUAGAGUGUAGCCCAUGUUUUUGUAUUUUCUUUUGAUGCAUUUCCUAUUUGUACUGGAUAGAGAAAAGGUCUUUCUUGUUUUCUUCUACCUGAAAAUAUGCUUUUCAAAUAUAAAUUGUGGUGAAAUCUCUUUAAUAGUAUAAUGUCUCCCAAGUCCAAAUGCACUCUUUCAGAGGCUUGCUUGGAUAUAAUCUUGCUUUCUGUAUGCUACAUCUGGCAGGAUAUAAGGGGUCUUAUUUUUUAAUUUGAUUAUGGAGUGGGAAACACCCUGGGUUGAUGACAAAGUUAUUGAUAUUAAAGGGGAAGCUGGAAUUUCAGCUUCUUAUUCAGCGCUCAGUGAUGAAGAUGUUAAGGAAAACAAUAUUAUUUCCAUUGAGUCAGUCCUCCCUGACGAACUGUUGGAACGAAUUCUAGCCUAUCUUCCCAUAGCAAGCAUUUUCAGAGCAAGUUCUGUGUGUAAAAAAUGGAAUGAGAUUGUGCAUUCUCAUAGGUUUUUACAGAACAUCUCAACCUUAUCUCAGAAACCUUGGUACUUUAUGUUCCCCAGUGCUGAUGAUUCCAUUGGGUUUGCCUAUGACCCCAUGAUUCGGAAAUGGUACAGCAUUGAACUCCGCUGUGAUAGAACAUCAAGAUGGUUUAUUGCUUCAUCAUGUGGCUUAGUGUGCUUCAUGGAUCAUAACACUAGAAGUCAGCUAUAUGUUUGCAAUCCAAUUACUAAAAUUUCUGAGAAAGUUGAGAUGCCUCGAUGUUCAAGAGAAUUUGAUUACAGCGGUCUUGCAAUCUCAGUGGAUAGAUCAUCACGCAACUAUACUGUAGCAGUUGUAAUAUCUAAGGAUACCCCAGAUGAUUUUGUUCAAUGGAUUCUCUCGAUCCAUAUUUAUUGUUCUGAAGCAAUGAUGUGGCUAUCACCUGUGACAGAAACUCUGACAGGGUGGAGAGGAGGAGAUAGUUGUGUGGUCUGUGAUGGGGUUUUCUAUUUCCUUAUUUACUCAACCAGAGGAUUGGGUUUUAGAGGAAACCGACAUGGUCUGCUCAGUUAUAAUCUUUCUAGCCGGUCUUCUGGUGGUAUGCUUAUUGAUAGUUUCAUCCCAGUACCUUGCCCUCUUACAUGUGGCCGGCUGAUGAACCUUAAGAACAAGCUUGUCCUGGUUGGAGGAAUUGGAAAACAAGAUCAGCCUGGCAUUAUUAAGGGGAUUGGCAUCUGGAUUCUUAAGGGGAGGGAUUGGGAAGAGGUUGCACGAAUGCCUCAUAAGUACUUCCAAGGAUUUGGGGAGUUUGACGAUGUCUUUGCAAGUAGUGGUUUUGAUGAUCUUGUAUACAUACAGAGUUAUGGUGCUCCAUGUCUUCUUAUGUUUGACAUGAAAAUGAGGGAGUGGAAGUGGUCACAAAAAUGUCCUAUCUUAAAGAGGUUCCCCCUUCAACUUUUCACUGGUUUUAGCUUUGAGCCAAGGAUUGAUAUUUCUCCCUGAUUGAUUGCUUUCCCAGUUUAUUAUUCCCUUAGGUGGUGUUUAUACUUCAUUGGUUUGUCCCAUACUCUUGUAUGUUUGUGUUGUAUCUUCAAAUACUUUGGUGUUCAACUUUUUGGGAAAGUUCAAAGGAAGUGUUUGAGCAAUCAAAGUUACAUUAUUAUGAAAUAGUAAUUCAUAAAUUUCACUUUCGGCUAUUUCAAAAUUGAUCCGUCAAUUGUUGCAAAGAUUAGAUCCUUUAAUAUUCAUUGCAGAAUGGGAGAUAGGUGUUUGUAAUUUUCUUGUUGUCAGCUGCAUGUUUACUUUUUGUCUUGGCUAUUAUGGCCCCCCUUUGUAAAGGCUUUGGAAAUGUAGAGGGUUUCUAACUUAUUGUAAGCACUGAAUGCUGUUGACUGUUGUAGUCACGAAGUAAGGAAAUAUAAAGCUGUGUUGUAGAAAUAUAAAGUUGAAUUGUAGAUGACUUAAACGA